AUGCCAUUACCUAUCCUAACCUCAGCUCCAGGGAAAGUCAUCCUUUUUGGCGAACAUGCCGCUGUGUAUGGAGAACCUGCCAUCGCUGCAGCAGUUUCGUCUUUAAGAACUUAUUUACUAGUUUCAAACGCCAAUGAUCCAAACAUCAUUCAAUUGGAUUUCCUAGAUAUAAAAUUAACUCAUCAAUGGGAAUGUAAUGAUUUCUCAACAAUCCCCACCAUUCAACCUUCCACCAAAGAAUUGGAUUCAACUCUUUUAAAAUCAAUCGAUCCUUUAUUAUCCUCAUUCAAAUCUAAUCCUUUACAUCAUCAAGCCGCCUUAACUUUUCUCUAUUUAUUUUUUUCCUUAAUUCCAAAUUUAAAAGGUUUAAAAUUCUCUGUAAGAUCCACUCUCCCCGUGGGUGCUGGUUUAGGUUCUUCGGCCUCUAUCUGUGUUUCUCUUUCCACUGCUUUAUUACAUCUGGCUAAGUUGAUUUCUAUCCCCCUAAAUAAAGCACAAUUGAAAUUAAUCAAUGAUUGGGCUUUCAUUGGUGAAAAAUGCAUGCAUGGUAACCCUUCAGGGAUAGACAAUACCGUGGCUACUUAUGGUAAUUCCAUUCUAUUGAAUUCACAAUCACAUGAAAUUAUAGAUAUAGAUUUGCCUAUCUUAUUAACAUAUACAAAGAUCCCAAGAUCUACAAAACAACUGGUUUCUAACGUAAGACACAUGUACAACUCUCAUCAUGCUAUUGUCUCCAAGAUUUUAUCCUCAAUAGGCCACAUCACUCUUGAAUCCAAAGAUUUAUUACUUGCAGACGCAUCAGACAUAGAUUCUUUGGGUGAAUUGAUUAAUAUUAAUCAACAUCUAUUACAAAGCAUAAAUGUCUCUCAUCCAAUGAUUGAAAAAAUUAUAAAAUUAACAAAUCAAUUCCAAAUUGGUUAUACUAAAUUAACAGGUGCAGGUGGUGGUGGUUGUACUCUAACACUUUUGAAAAAAGAUGUAGACCGUAAAGAUGUAGACCGGUUCAUUAAUAUCUUGAAGAAAGAUUAUAAUUUUGAUGUAUUUGAAACGAACUUGGGUGGUUUUGGUACAGGUGUAUUGGAAUUGGAUAAUAAAAAUAAAGAACUGGAUGAUAGAGUCAAACAAUGUUUUGAAAUUAAAUCUUUGGCAUCAAGGGAACAAUUGGAUCAAAUUUUGCUACCAUUAUGUAAUAAUACAACUUUGAAUUAA